AUGCCCACGCAUCAACACUUGGUCAAUAAGAUGAGGAGACCCUCCUGCUUUGUUUUUUUGUUCUGUGGGGUAUUUUUGCCUGGAAUCCUCAGUUUUCCACAGACAAACACCUCAAUCGAUUGUGAUUCUCUGUUACCAAACUAUGAAACUGAACCACAGACAUCUGCACCACCAUAUAUUAUUGCUGUAUCUUUUGAUAACUUUGAGCCAGGAAAUGAAAUCCAAGUGACUCUAGAAGCACUUGGAGAAGCUGGUUUUAAAGGAUUUAAUCUACAAGCUCGAGAAAUAGAUGGAGAUACUCCUGUUGGUACUUUUAAAAUUACAGAUCCAAACACCAAAGGCUUGGAAUGUCAUAAUAUGACGCUUAUGAUAGAAGUAGAAUGUAACAAGGUUGGACCUUCGGGUUCCUCUCAGAGCAGCUAUUCAGGCAGUCAGAGUGCAUCUUCAUCCGGCAUUUCCUAUGGCCAGGGUGGGCCAAGUUUCUCGGGCAGCAGCAGCAGUUCCUAUGGCCAGGGUUCCCAAGGCAGCCAGUCCUAUGGCCAGGGCUACCAGCCUCAAGGUGGUAGUUCCUAUGGACAGGGUGGAUCUUCUUCUUCAAGUGGCAGCAGUGGUUGUGGACAAGGUUUUUCAUAUGAUAGCAAUCCCUGCCACCAGGGUGGAUCACAGGGUGGAUCACAGGGUAGUCAGGAUGGAUCAUACUCACAAAACUAUGGUGGUAGCCAACAGAGUGGAUCAUCAUCCUCACAAAAUUAUGGUAGCAACCAGGAUGGAUCCUACUCACAAAACUAUGGUGGUGGCCAAGGUGGAUCAUCCUCCUCAGACACCUAUUAUGAUAAUCAGGAUUCACAAUAUUCCUCAGAUGAUAAUCCCAAUGCUUGUGAUGAUAAUGACACUACUUACAGUGCCAAGAGUCGGGGUUCUGGUUGUGCAAAGAAGAAAGUUCUUGUUGCCCGAGAUACGUCACAUGCUUUAAGCAGAAGAGCCUAUGAUGUACAGAAUGCAUCUUCUCCUUCAAACAGCAGCCACACUGACGUCCAGGGUGGAUCAUUUAUUGCAACCAGUGGUGGAUCAAGUAAUCAGGGUGGUUGCAUUUGUCCUGAUGGAAGCAGUGGUCAUAGACAGGGAGCCCCAGGUUAUCCACACAGCACAUAUUCUGGUAACCAGGGAGGGCCUUUCUUCUCUCCUGGAGGAUCCUAUGGACAGGGCGGCCCAGGUUCUUCCCACGGUUCUUACUCCGGUAACCAGGGAGGGCCUUCCUACUAUCCUGGCGGAUCCUACGGACAGGGAGGGUCUUCUGUUUAUGAUGGUAGCAGUGAAACCUAUGGUCAGGGUGGAUCUUCCGCAUAUAGUGGUGCCGAGUCUUAUGGCCAGGAUUCGCCUUCCAUAGGAGGCAGUGCAACUGAUGAGAGUGAUUCCUCCUCACCAUCUGGUAGCCGCCAGAGUGAACGGGAUUUUUAUUCCCCAGGAGGCAGCCAGUCAGGUGGACAUGGAUCAUCUUCUCAAGGUGGUGGCUACUCGAGUGGACAGGACUCAUCGUCAUCUGGAAGCAGCCAGUAUGGUGGGCAGGGUUCAUCUUCUUCAGGAGGCAGCCAGCCUGGUGGACAGGGUGCAUGUGAUUGUUCUGGGGGAAGUUCUGGUGGAUCCCCUACCUUAGUCAGAAGUGAUGCCUCUGCAAAUGACUCAUCUUCUUCUGGAGGCAGCCAGUACAACAGCCAAGAUUCAUAUUCCUCAGGAGCUAGCCAGUAUGGAGGACAUGGGCCAUCUUCUUAUGGAGGCAGCCAAUAUGGUGGACAAGGUUCACCUUCCUCAGGAGGCAGCCAAUAUGGUGGACAGGGUUCACCUUCUUCAGGAGGCAGCCAGUAUGGAGGACAGGGUCCAUAUUUCCCAGGUGGCAGCCAUUAUGGAGGACAGGGUAUGGCUUCUUCAGGAAGCAGCCAGUACAGUGGACAGGGCUUUUCUUCAGGAGUCAGACAGUCUGGUGGACAGGGUGGGUGUGUGUGCCCCGGUGGAGGUCCAGGCUCUUUCGGAGGAGCCAACUAUGCUGGUGGACAGGGUUCAUCAUAUUCUGGAAGCAAUCAGUAUGGUGGACAGGGUUCUUAUCCCUCAGGAAGCAGCCAGUAUGGUGGGCCGGGCUCAUAUUCUUCUGGAGGCAGACAACAUGGUAAACCAGGUUCAUCUUCCUCAGGAAGCAGUCAUCAAGGAAAGCCAGGUGGCUCUAGCUCAGGAAGCACUUACUCUGGAAAACAGUCACCUUCCUCUGGAGGCAGUCAAGUGAGCUCUGCUGGGAAACACUCCACUCCCCGACUCCUGAUGUUAUUCAGUGUUUUGAGUGCCUUUGCUCUCUCUGCUGCUACAUCAAAAUGGUCUAUAUGAACCUCCAAAGAGCUGUUUGACAACCUAAACAUGGAUUAUAUUCCAUAUUAUUAGAGUAAUUACUUAAUGUAAGAAAAAAAUACCCUUAGGUCAAAUUGUCAGAUGCUACUUGGCUGUUAUGUUGCAUGUCUAGCUGAUAUGUCAUGCCUCUCAUUAGUUUACCUCUGGUUUUAGUCAUUAGUAGAUAUCAUUAGUUUUGUCAGUGUUUUAGGCAUCAUUUUAAGAGAACAUAUUGUACCCUACCUAUAUGAUUUAUUUUUAUUUCUGAUAGGGAAUGCAAUGAACACCUGCCUGAAAUGAUUGGUGUGACAAAUGAACGCUUAGAAAGUAUUUGGUUAUUAACCAAAGUGGACGAGGUCAAAUAAAUAGUUAUAGAUGCGAGCUGA